UUAAAACAAUUCCAAUUUUUUUCUUCGUUUAUCAAAUAAAGUCGUUUUUAUUACAAAAAAAGGAAAGUAGAGGCAAGUUUGGUAUGUUAUUGCAGUUCAAAAGAUGCUUAAACUAUUGCUCUAUGCUAAACCAGCUCGCCAGAAAUGCAAGAAGUGCGUCAUCGUAUGUGCAAGGACAGAGCCCAACGUCUCCAAAUGUUCGUGAAUAUUUCUACUACAUUGACCAUCAAGGACAGUUGUUUCUCCAUGAUGCAAGAUUGAAAAAUUUCAUCACAUGUUUCAAAGAGAAGAAAUUUCUGACAUUUUUCUUCAGACGUUUGAAAGUCAACAACACUGGUCGUUAUGAAGAGUUUCCGUAUGUCUCGCCUUGCGGAAAAGAGCUGAACUUCAUCCAAUGCGAUGACAGACCUAUUGUCUUUACCUCAAUUACAACAAAUCCUGAUAACACACAAGAAUUACUGACUAUAAAUGGAACUGAGAAACUGACAUACACUUUUCAACCGGAAAAGAUCUGCAUGUUUCCAAAGACAGGUCGAAUAUACCACCCUGCUGAUGAAAAAUAUGGAGGCGUGGGGCUAGUUAAAUCUAGUCUUGGUAUAGAAAUAAGUCACUGUUUUGAAUUUAGGGACAGGAAUAGUGAUGUUCAACCACCUACACAUUUUAACUGGAAUGGAAAGACAUAUGAGCUUGAUAAUUCAUUGUGGAGUAAAAUAAAUGAGAGCGAUUAAGAAAUAAUUAAAAUAAUCUAGAUAUAAUUAUUAAUGAUACUGUAAAUUUUCAGAACUAGAAAAACAUACUGUUUUGUAAUUUGAAAAAGUUAUUUACUAUCUCUUGCAUGUACUAU